AUGGCCGAAAACGGCUUCACAAUCGAAAGGAAUGGCACGUUCUAUUCAAUUCUCAAUGUUCACAAGGAUGCAUCGCAGGCAGAAAUCAACGAACGGCACAGGGCUCUUUCCCUGAUCUUUCACCCAGACAGGCAGCAGGACGAGGCUGCGAAGGAGACAGCCACCCGUGAGUUUCUCAAAAUUCAAAAAGCAUACCAGGUUUUGUCGGACCCUUUUCUUCGACUGGUCUACGAUACAUUAGGUGAAAGAGGGCUUGCUAUCAGCUGGCCGGAGGAACUACAGACGAAACCUACAGAAGAGAUUCGGCAUACCCUCACGAGCACUAUUUUGGAACUUGACCGGAAGCAGAAAAGAGACUUGAUCCUACCGCGGGGGAAAGUCGCUUGUAGUAUAUUGGCUGGGUCUUUGUUUUCGGCCGACGUUGGAUCAGCUUCCGACAAAUGGACCACAAGCCUUUCAAAACGGAUACGAGGAGUCCACUUCGUUCCAAUCAGUGUAAGCCACAAUGUUCAGAAAAAAAUCAACGAAAAGACCUCCGUUGGAUUUGAGGCUCGCGCUACCUUCACAGGAAACAAAGCCGCAUCCCCCGAUUACCUGGGUACCGUCCGCCACCAAUGGUCGCCACGGAUAGAAUCAGUGGCAAAUUUGAGUUUUCUCUAUCCACACGUGACAAAGGUUGAAACUACCUACCGUGACGAGGAUAACACACUGAAAGUCAAGGGCGUGGUUGCUUCAAACUAUCAUUUGGUACCCCCAGCUCUGACUGUCUCCUUUUCUCGGAAACUGUUUCGCUCAGGUCCUGAAAGAGGUAAAAUUACUCUUCACUUAGGCCGCAAGUUCCCUUCGCUUGCCUUGAUGUAUUUGUCGCCACCCUCCAUAAAUUUAUCAACACUUGUGCGCCAGAAACAAAGUCUUCCUUCCAUCUCAGGGUUUCAAUAUAGAGCGAUUGAAAAAGCUUUUGGAAUCUCUUUCAUGGGCAUUCUUCCGAAAUUGUCAGCAUCUGCUGCCGUUACAUUUACAGAGCUGUCAACCAGAAUUCGAGUGGCACUCGAAUACGGGCUAGAGGGCUUAUCAUGGUCGUUUUCUGCACAAUGGUCGGGUGACGCAGUUGGGGUCAGUGCGAGCACUGUAAUACAAGCUACUGCCAUUUUGUUGCAACUGGACUUCUCGUACCUUGAACAGCAAUUAUCAUUGCCAAUCAUAUUGUCAACGGAAUUCAAUGCAUUCAUUGCUUGGGGUACCAUCAUCUUACCAACAGCUUGCGCUUUGUUGGGACAUCAUUUCCUAAUUAUACCAGGUCGUCGCCUUCGGCGGCUUGCGAAAAUUCAAGCCGCACAUAAAAUUUUCGAGGAAGAUUCGGAUUCAAGAAAAGAGAGAAACGCGGUUGAAAACUUGCUGAAAGAUUCGGCGGGUAGGAGCGCUCGCGUGGAAAGGGGCAAGGAAGGUCUCGUCAUCGAAGAAGCCAUGUAUGGUGCAGCAGAGGCAGACGAAGCUGCACGCAACUUGUCUCUCAAUGUGACUACACCUGUACAGGCUCUUGUUCGCAAAUCGCAGCUCUACAUUCCCGGUGGUACCAAGGUAUCGGACCGGAAUUUCGAUCAUCCGAUUCUCAUCCCUUUUCUAAUUCACACAUUCUGCCAGUCUGUUUUACAGGGCUUCAGUGACCCUGCGCCUUUCACUUCAAAAUCCUUGCGCGUUCGCUAUCUUUUCCGUGGCCGCAUACACUAUGCAGACAUUCCGGACAAUGUCCCCGUCGUGCUGCCGUUGGCAGAACACGAACUGGAAAAGUGCACCUAG